AUGCAUCGUGCUCUAUUGCUCAUGACCCUGAUUGCAUCCGCGGUUUCAAGGAAUGAAGAAGAGCAGUGUAGGGACAUGUUCGAGAGCAUCAUUGAAAGAACAUCUCUGGGACCGGCCUCUCCACAGUAUUGCAGAGGAGUGAGCCACUUCAAUAACGUUCUCAAGCUCACGUCCCCAAUUACUUUGCAGGGAUUGGAGAAGAAAAAGAAGAGGAGGGAAGAGCUAGGGAGACCAUGUGAAUGCAUGCAAUUAGAGGUAAUUUGGAAAAUAAGAUGCGUAAGAUGCGAACAAGAUCCGGACUCGAAUGUGACUGUAUAUGAAUCACAUUUGAAUGUUCUAUAG